AAAAAAAGAGAUAGAAUUAAAAUUAAAGGAAUGAUAUUUUCACGUCUAACGGCAAGUGAGACUGAGCGAGCGAGCGAACGAGCGAAAGGCAGAACGUGAGAAAGAGAGAGCAAUCGCGUUCAUGAUUAUGACACGAAUAUUCUCACAUACUUUCCACAGAAUACGAGGACACACGGCAGGCACACACGACACUGCGCGAACGAAAAUUAACGAAACCGAAGGAACAAAUCGAGGAGAGAAAAGAAGAUAGGGACGAGGGGGUUCAGGUUGUAGAGAUCGAGGAAAUUGAGGAAACCGAAACCGGGAGGAAGAAGAAAAAGGAUGUGGAAGAGAUUGAGGAAGAAAUCGAGACAAUUAUCGUUGAGACAGACUCGAAGCGCAAACUGGCUCAGAAACAAAAGAAACGCGUGGAUGUGGAAGAAGAAGAGAUCAUAGAAAAAGAGAGAAAAGAAUUGAUACCUAAAAGACCUCGUAUUGGACGAGAUGAGGUUGAAAUGGAAGAAAUCGAAGAGUUCGAGAUAAAGGAAGACAGAUCUGUGCCUUCCCUCAUAUUAAAUGUUCCUAGCCAACGUCAUCAGAUAAUACCUUUGGAUCGUACUAUCGAGCAAGCACUUGAUAAACCGGAAUUGGAAAAAGCUAAACUAACAAUGGACACCAUUACGCCGUUAACCGAGCAUUUGAUUCCUAUUCAGGAGAAAGAAAUCGAUGAUAUUAGCCAAAUUAAACUCAUAGAACGAAAAGCAUCCUUGUCCAUUUCGCCAAUGGAACCUUACUCCAUCACGGAAACAACCGUCCAAGCUUCUACUGGCGAAUUCGUGGGUACUUUCAAACCUACAUUCUACGAAGCGACACGUGGUAUCGUGCCAUCCGAAAGUCUGGUAGUCAGCGAAACUCUGGCCAACGAUGCUGGAUUAUCCAGUUUAACCAUUAAUAAACAGGAAAUCAGUAAAACUGCAGACGUUAGUGUGACUCUUCAGGAAGCCACGACUGUUUAUGAAACCAUGGUAAGUCAAAAGGAAGCUCCAACGGAAGAUUUCGUGUCACCAUCGACUGUCAGAGCAGAAGACACUAUCCUUCCUCAAAUAGGAUUGUCUGUGUACGAGAUUCAGGAAGGAUUAACGGAAGAUAAAUUAGAACCCUUGAAGACUUUACCGACUAAGCCUAGAGUGAAUGUCACUGCGGUUGAACCAUUGCUCGUGGAAGAGGUUAGAGCAGAGGACAAACCAGGAAAGUAUUAUCCAGAACUUGUAGUUCCGACAGAGGUCGCUACUGAGACCGUAAUUCCUCAACGACAACGAGUGACUGAGGAAAUGCACGCACCUGAAAAGGAAGGCAUGUAUGUUCCAGGAAGAUUACCACCUAGUCAGAAAGCACAAGUUGGAAUAUCUUAUGGAAACGAAACUGCUAUAGUUCAGCAAAAUAUCGUACAGGAAAGCGAAGGAGUAUUUAUUUCAGAAAGAAAAACUGACACUUUUGAAGCUACGCCCAAUGUCACUGUACUUGAAGGAGUUUCCGUGUCCACAGUUCAAACUCAAGAUACAGAAAGCGACUUGACAAUUGAAGAGAUGAAGAAGGCAGUGGCUGAUUUGAAUAUUAUUGAGAUCACAUCAGCAGUGACGAGUGAAACUGUGCCAUCUGAGAAAGAGAAAGAAUAUCAACUCGGAGACAAACCAGCUAUCAAAACGGCUGAAAUGUCUAUUUCCUUGUUGGAAAUUGGUUCCAUCGCGAGCACUAUCAUUCAAGAGUCUGAAGGAAUAUAUCAUCCUGAUCAGAAACCAACCAAAGUAUUGGCAGAAACUUCUAUCAAACCUGAAGAAUAUGUGCAGAUAUCUGAGAUUCAAACAGCGGAUUAUCCAUCUGAUUUUAAGGAAGAAUUGAAAUACGUGCAAGAAAGUGGAACAAUUGCUGUACAAUUAAUAGAGGCUAAAAUGAUUCAAGAAACUAUGACCCAUGAUCGUGAAGCAAAGAUGGAGGAAUUAGUAAAACCAGAAGAACGUGUUGUAGAUACAAGCUACGAUGCAAUUAAAAGUGUCGAAGUAUUCCAAACUACAUCCAUAGAGAAGGAAGCUGAUCUAAAGAUCUUCGAAAUGCCAGAAUCUCAUCGUGGAAAGGCAGUACCAACUCAUCCUAUUGUUUCAUUGGAGAUCGAAAUGACUCAACCGGAAGAUAAUUUAGGCAUGAUAAAAAAGGAAAUUCCAUCAUCUGGUAUCGCUAAAAUAGAACCUAUUGCUUUGCAAGAAACCAUAAUAGGUGAAACUGUGAUCGUUGAAGACGUAGCACCGGUUCAAAAAGACAAAGUUCCUGAAUUCAAGAUGGCCGAAGUGAUAAUGAAUGAGAUUGAAAGUUUACGCACCACAAUGGUGAUAGCUAGCGAGAAAGAAGCUGAAUAUACUGAGAUUUCUGAAGUGAAAGGAGCUUAUGCUACUACAGAAUUUACUACACAGGUGGCGCCAGUAUUCGAAGAAGUUAGAACUCAUUCACCGACAGAAGAAUAUAUCUCGGAAGAGAAACCAAUCUCCAGUGUGGCUCAACCAUCGCACGUUCCAUUGGAAAGUGUAACAAUUGCUAUGCAAGAAUUGGCAGAAAAGGAAGAUUUGUACACAACUGAAAUACAGCCAAAUAAGAAAACUGCGAUUGUCGAAUUGACCGAGCCUAUACCCGGUCCAAUUAUUCUUGAAGUUAUUUCUCAUGAUCGUGAGAAUAUAUACAGUCCUGAUGUAAAACCACAAGAUUAUACCGCUGAAACUUUAAUAUCUGGUCAUAAAGUUGCAUUAAAAUAUGAGACUUUGGUGGAACAAAGUACUGCUAACAUGAGCAUCGAUAAACCGAAAUCAAAAAAGGCCAUACCACAACGAGAUGCUUUGGAAGAAUUGAUUGUGACAGAAACAACUAUUGCCGAGACUGAAAAGACCAGAGAAACAGAUAUUUUUCCAACUAUCCAAAAUGCAGAGAUUGAAAUUCAAUCGAAAACCGAAAAAUUAACCGUGAUCGAGGUGACAAGUAUCCAGGAAGAAGAAAAAUUAGAAAUAGAGAAGAUACCAAAAGAAAGAAAAGUUGUACUGGGUAUCACUGAAGGACACGAGGUAGCUGAAAUGCAGGAGACUGUUCUAGCAAGUAAUAUUAAAAUUUUAAAGGAAGAAAAAAUCAAAGAAGAGCACGCUAAUCAACAACAAAGUGGAUUAGAAGUUGUAGAGCAGACAGAAAUAUCAAUCUCUGAGAAAGAGUCUCCUCUUCAAGAAGACGUGAGACCUGAUAUCAAAAACGUUGAAGUUACAUUCCAAGAAGGGGAGGGUGUUGUGGUAGAUAUGACGCAUCCUGAGGAUAAAGAGGGAAUAUUCACUCAAGAAGAAAAGCCAAAAAGUGUAGAAGCUACAGUAGAUAUCAUCACGCAAGGAGUAGCAUCCAAAUUUGAAAUUUUGAGUGACACAGGCUUGAGUGAUUUGCCGCAUGAAACAGUUCAAGAGAUAAAACCUAAAACUACAAUAUUACCUAUCGAAGCUGCAAUUGCUGAAGAAGUACAGACGAGAGAAACAGAGGCACCAUUCAGUAAGAUUAAACCUAACGAUAAGAAAGCGAAUCUCGAGUUUGUGACAGGCGAAGGUUUGAUUAUUUCAGCGAUUACAACUGAAGAUAAGGAGAGUCUACUUCCAGAAACUGAAAAACCGAAAACCAAAUCCGCCAGUUUCGACAUUCCAACGCAUUUAGUAGCUCAGACCAUCGAGACUACUACUACAGACAAUGUAGGCGAGUUUAAACGAGAAGAAAUGCAUACAGUUACAGCUACAACUGAUCAUAUCACAUUCCGCAGUGUGAUUACAUCUGAAACAGCUACUGGUGAUCUUGAAAAAUCAAUGGAAGACUUCGUUCAACCAGACAAAAAAAUGGUCAAUGUUUCUUUUCAGGAGGAAGAAGGAAUAACAGUUAUUGAAACAAUUGCAUCAGAUAAAGAAAAAGAGUACUUCAAAAAGCUAGAAAUACAAGAAGAACAGGCUACUGCAAGCUUUGAUGCGCAUAAAGUUGCACAAUUAACAGAAAUCAAUCCAGCUGCUAUUUCUAAAGAUUUAACUGUACCUGCUCCAAUCACAGUAGCUGCCAAGGAAGAACGAUUACCAUUUGAAAGUAUCGUUCAAACAGAAACCAUCGUAUCUGAAACUGAGAAGGAAUUCAAGAAUAAACCUGUAAUCACUAAUAAAGCAGAGGUUUCUGUCAAUGAAAUCAUCAGUGCAACGACUACUACUGAGAUUCUAGGUGAUAAAGAAGAUAUUCUUCAGAUAUCUGAGAAACCAUCUGAGAAACAAGCUAGUGUACAAUUCGCUGGACACGUGAUUGCGGAAAAGACAGAAGUGACUGUCGAUUCCAGUGCUGGUAAAUUGGAAAAAGUAAAACCGGUCUCCGCAUUAGCAGUGCCAUCUAGCAUUCCUUUGGAAGCUGUGAUCAGCUCGGAAAUUCAACCAACUGAAGUUGAAGGACCGUUUAUCAAAGACAAAAAACCAUUAAAAGCUCUAGCAGACUUAUCUGUAGUAGAAGAGCAAAGUAUAGAAGUGUCAACCGUGAUCUUGGAAGAUAAAGAGGAAGAAUACAAGUCUAAAAAUUUACCAGAGAUAAAGACUGCUGGAAAGAACCUGGUUUCUGGUCAUAUGGUAGCCGAAACGACUAUGCAGAUUGUAGAUUUCAGCACUGGAGAAUUCAUUCAAGAAAAGCCAUCAGGUGCUAUUGCUGUAUCAGAACAUGUUCCAUUCAUUUCAUUAAUAGAAUCUCAACCAAUUAUACAGGAAAGCGAGGACAAAUUCAUAUCAGGUCAAUUACCAGAAAACAAGACCGCCAUUAUAGAUCUUGAAGAGAGUAAAAAAAUCGUAACUGUGUCUCAAAUAACUCCAGCAGAUAAAGAAUCUUUAUACAUUUCUGAAGAACAGCCGUCAAAGCAUGCAGCCUCGAUUGGAUUAGACACCACCCAUGGAAUUGCUGAAACAACUACCAUCUCCGUAGAAGAUUCAAUAAGUGAAGUGAAAUUAGAGAAACCAGACAUCAAAAAAGCACAAACCAGUCAAGAACUAUAUCAAAGCUUACUGGUCACGCAAGACAUCAUUCAAGAUCGAGAAAAUACCUUCGAAGGAAAGUUUAAGCCAACUAUUCAAAAGGUAGAAGUAUCUAUCGAAGAAGGCAAACAUGUGACUAGUGUCAUCGAAGUUAGCGCAGCCGAUAAAGAAGAGAUAUUAAAGACAAUCCAAGAAGAAAGAAUAAGAUCAGUAAUGCCGAUUAUUGUCUCUGGACACGAAGUAGCGGAAAGAUCUGAAAUUAUACCACAUUUGAGUACUAAAGAAAUGGACAUCAUUAAACCUACUACAGCCACUGCACAAGUAGGUCAAAAACCAUUCGAAACGAUCGAGAUGACAGAACAAGUGCUGGCAGAAAAAGAAGUAGACAAGAUCGAGGAAAUAUCACUGCAGAAGACUAGUGCUCGAAUCGCCAUAGACGAAAACAGAUUUAUCGCUAUCACAGAAGCGACCACAGCACAAGAUGUCGAAGCUGAACUGUCAAUAAUUAAGAAACCUCGAGAAGAAAUAGCAAAAUCAUCGAUGGAGGGUAAAGAAGUUGCUGAACAAAUGGAGGUAAGUCUCAGAGAAGGAUUGGGAGACUUACCUGUAACACCACGACCAACAACAUUCGAAGCUCAUUCAACGCAGACUACAUUGGAAAGCGUUGAUAUCAGUGAGACUGUUCCGCAAGAACAUAGCACAAUAUUCGAGGAGAAAAUGAAGAUGGACGAACGAAGUGCGAAAGUGAGCUUCGUUGAAGGAAAGAGUGUCAAUAUUUCUCACGUUAUUUCUCAAGACAAGGAAGACACAAUGAUUAUACAAAAACGUGAAGAGAGCACAGCGGAAAUGACUUUAACAAAGGUUGGAAUGGAUGUAGCACAAAAAGCUCAGGUAUUUAUUGAACAGAGCACUGGAUUGGUUCAGCCGUUCGAGAAAUAUGAGGUUCAAGCUCAUCAUAAACAGGAUGCUCUAGAACCAAUUAUUGUGGAAGAAAUCCCAAGCGCAGAAAGUGAAGGAGUUUUUGACAAAUAUCCAAGAACAGUUUUCUCUACAGCGAUGCAGACGUUCGAACAAGGUCAUGGAAUAUCGAUAACAGAAGUUACUUCAGCGGAAGCGGAGUCUGUACUGAAAGAAAAGAAACUGGAUACUUCGCAGACAGCUAAUAGUACUCUUAUCAUGGAACGUAAUAUCGUUGAAACAACUAUGAUCGAAUCUCAAAUUAGCAUACCAGAUAAGAUAGAACAAGUAAGCAUGAAACCUCAAGUAGCUAUUCCUGAACAAGACACUUUCGAAAGCAUCAUAGUGAAUGAGAACAUAGUGGAAGAAAGCGAGCGCACAUUCGAAGGUGUAUUCAAACCUCAAACUCAAAAAGCAGAUAUCGAUAUACAAAAAGUGACAUCUCUUCAAGUGUCAGAGACUAUCACGGAAGACAAGGAAAGUGUUUUCGAUGUGGUACCUAAACGAGAAGAGGUCAAAGCUAUCCAGGACAUCAGUUUGCAUGAAACCGUGAUUGGAUCUUUAGUAGAAAGUAUUCAGAAUAUUCAGGAAAUUCACGAGGAGAAACGGAUAUCAUCUCAAGCUACGAUGGCUCAAACUAUGAUAGAAACAGCUGUAAAAAUAGAGACAACUGUUGGCGAAAAAGAAGACACAUUUGAAGGAAAAGAUUUUAAACUUGAACAGCAAAAAGGCAAACCUCAAAUGGAAGGACUUAGCACUGUCAUUGUUACGGAAAUUGUUUCUAAUGAAAUUGAAGAUAUUUUACCAGCAACAAUUACUCCCAAAGAACAACAGGCUCAGCCUAGUCUUACAGGCAGAGAAAUUCCGGAAAUAACACAAGUGAUUGCUGCAUCGACUACUGAAGAAUUCGAAAAAGUAACUCAAUUGAAAAAACAGCAAGGCAAGGUAGAAAUGGAAGAGAUGUCUUCCGUCACAAUUUUUGAAGUAAUUUCUAAUGAAACCGAAGAUAUAUUUGCUUUGAAAACCACGCCUAAAGAUCAAAAAGCAAACUUUAAUAUUUUAGGCCGUGAAAUCGCAGAAACAUCUCAAAUAACCACUAUAACGGAAACAGAAGACCUUACAUUGAAGAGACCCGAAGAACAAAAGGGAAAACCUAAAUUAGACGAACUGAUACCUCUUACAAUUUCACAUGUGGUAUCUGAAGAAGCAGAAGAAACAUUGCUAAUGGUUGAAGUUCCAAAAGAGAAGACAGCUCAGCCAAGUUUGACCGGAAGAGAUGUUGCAGAGAUCAUGCAAGUAUUGGCUGUUGCUAGUGCUGAGGAACUCGUAGCAUCCAAAGCUCCGGAAGAACAGAAAGGUAAGCUACAAGUGGAGGAAUUGGCAUCUUUAACUGUCUCGCAAAUGGUUUCUCAAGAAGCGGAGGAAACAUUGCCUACACCAGAAAUACCGGUCGAAAGAGAAGCCCAACCCAGCUUAAUAAGCAGAGACGUAGCACAAAUGAUGGAAAUAUUAACUAUGGCAAAUAUCGACACUUUAGCUGAAGAUAAAAAGCCUGGAGAACAGAAAGGUGUUCCUGGAUUGGAGGAAUUUGUUCCUUUAUCCGUGUCGCAGACGAUUUUCACAGAAACGGAGGAUGUGUUAGUCAGUCCUGAAGUACCGACAGAAAAAAUUGCUCAGUCGAGUUUGACUGGUCACGAUGUGGCACAGACAACUCAGAUAUUAACUAUGAUCGCUGCUGAAGAAUUAAUAGCUGAUCGUACACCAGAAAAACAAAAAGGAAAACCAAAUAUAGAAGAAUUGACAUCCGUUAUGGUUUCUCAAACAGUAUCUCAUGAAACUGAAGAGACAUUGGAGAAACAUAUAGCUCCAAGUACAGCGAUUGCUAAACCUGCACUGACAGGUAGAGAAGUC